UUUUCCUUUCCGCAGAUUUUCUCUGGCUUGGCUGAUGAAAGUGAGAAUAUCAAACCUCAAAUGGGAUGGAUGGUUGACUUUGGUGAUGGUCCCAGAGCCCAAAGUGUGACCCUGUCAGAGGCCAUGGAACAAGGAUUUAGUCUCCUGUUUGACAACCGCAAGAUGACCCUGCAUGUGCCAUUCAAUGCCACUGGAGUGACUCGCUAUGUGCAAGGUAACAGUCAUCUCUACAUGGUGCCUCUGAAGCUUUCGUUUGUAUCUCCUGGGCAGAAGAUCACCUUUUCGUCACAGCUUAUUUGUGUGUUAGAUCCCGUGACUUGCAAUGCCACACACAUGACUCUCACCAUACCGGAGUUUCCUGGGAAGCUGAAGUCCGUAAGCAUCGAAAACAGGAACAUCGCAGUGAGCCAGUUGCAUGACAGUGGGAUUGAAAUAGAAGCAACAGAUGGCUUGAGAUUACAUUUCAGCAAAACUCUUCUUAAAACAAAGGUAUGUUCCACUAUCAACCUCUGA